GGCUGCUUACAUUUGGAAUUUUGUUCGGGCGAUGAGUUGAUUGGGCGUGGACGAAAAUUCUAGGCAACAGUUAGGGGCGGUGUUAUGAGUACGGUGGCCCAAUUCAGAAUCCCACAUGAACCAUGUCAUCGCCCGCGCCCCGAGACAGGGGAAGGUGGCUGGCUGGGCCACACCUUUGGGGCUAGCUACCGUGACACAUGGCCCGACGUGGUCUUUGAGAAACGAGGCUGCAGGCACGUCUCGAAUAGUCGUGCUCGUUUCGCGGCAGGUAAUAAAGGUCUCGAGUCAAUCCAAGUUGGAGAUGGUGGGAUCAGCAGGCGACAAGUUCGCCAUUGAGAUCAACUUCAAUUCCGGUGCCCUUCUUAUCAAGAACUACAGCAGGAACGGGACCCGAAUCACAUCAUAUAAACUGGGCACUCUAACCCUAGAAAGAGCACAACGAGCCAUUCCGCCAAACGAACAUGUUCAGAUCGUUAUUGGCAAGCUCAUGAUCACGAUCCAGCCUCCCGUUCACACUCUGAACCUCGAAUCGGAAGCGACCACGAGCGCAAAGACUCUUGGCCAUGACCUUGGGAGAGAGCUCGGGUUUGGGACCAGCGCCACCGUCUACCGCGCGGUCCAUGGGGCCACCAGGAAAGCCGUCGCUGUCAAACAGUUCCGCACAACCGACGUCAAAAGGCACAGCGAUGGCGAGUUUCUCGACAUCCGCCACCCCAACAUUGUCGACUAUCAGUGCUUCGUCAUUUGGCCCGACAGGCCGCCGACAUUGGUUAUGGAAUUGGUCGACGGGCCUGGAUCUCGCCAAGGAACAUGA